UUAUCAGCCAUUUCGUUAGAAAGGAGCAGUUCGUGAAUAAUACAACGUUUUAUACGGAAUUGCCCCAAGACAAUCAUCGCUGAUUUUUGCAUUCAUUUAUUUUAUAACCUAACGAAAAAUGUAACCGUUUUCAUAUAUCCUGAAAUCGUAUUGUUGUGGUUUUAUUAUGAUUAUCUCAAAUUGUGUGUUCUAAUGAAAAAGUUUCUGACGUUAGAAAAGAAACUAUGUUGAAAGUUGUGAUACUAUUAUGCUGUCUUACAAGGGGAACGUUUGCUACAAUCAAAGUAUUUAACCUUAAGGAAACUAAAAACGAUGCAGAAUUGUACUGUGAAAGUAUAAGUGGAGUACUGCUUAGUUAUGGAACUGAAUUUAUAAAUGCUGCUAGGUUUUGUUCUGUCACUGAUGUCCUGACUAAUAAACCAUGGUCUCAAGAUUAUGGUUGUUUUGUUGUGAAAGCAGCAGCAAAGGAAACAGUAAUGACAAACAACCAUUUAGCAAACUGCGUUUCAUUCUGUUCAGAUGCAUCGUUUGACUACAUUGGUGUUCAGGUAAACAAGUGCUACUGCUAUUAUCACCUAGUUAAUGGCAUGCCUGCAGAUAACUGUGAUGCUAUAGAUUGUCCUGGGAAUUCUGAGGAAAAAUGUGGUGUCAAUCAUAUGACUGUGUACAGACAAGUGUCUACUUUACCACAGUUUGAAUGCCAGUACUUUGCCUUUGGUGCUAAUACAUUCAAAAUGAUGAAUGGAGAUUGUAAUAUUAAAAGGAAUUUCAUUUGCCAAGUCGGCGACACAUUGGGAACAGAAUGCAGUGGGUCCAGUAUAACCACGGACACACCCGAUUCCUCCUCAAAUGUAGCAGAUAUUGAGACUAAAAGUUUAGUUGCUAGCAGUGGUCCAAGUCUAGGUGUUAUCAUAGCUAUUAUGCUAUGUAUAUUUCUGGCUAUUGUAAUUGUCCUCGCUGUUGUAUUCUAUAAGUUAAGGAAAAAACGGCGACAAAAAGAAGACAGACUCCAAAUUCAUAUGACACACCAUGAUAACAAUGACGACUUUAUAAACGGUUUUAGAGAACAACCGGGUUACCACAAUGUAGACUUAGGAAUUCGUGACCCUGUACCAAUUGUUGCUUUUGGAGGCGAUGGUGUCGAUCUUGACAGGCAACCUUCUAGAGAACCUGUCUAUACGGCUGUUCACAAGAACAAUAAGGACAACCGGAAGUCAAGCAACAGUGAUACUCAUGUCCCGGAACCAGCUUAUGAUGAAGUUUAUCAACCAUCAAGUUCAAAUAAUAACGUGGAGGAAAAUCAUAAUUUUCGACAUGCUCGAAGGUUUCAGAACGGAAAUGUAGACGGUUCCUACGCCGGACUGCGUAAACCUGGAGAAACAAACCGAACCAAUAGCAUGACAAAUAAUACCAAUCAACACGUUCAAAAUGAUUUAUCGCAGAAUAAGAUGUUUCGAAACAACAAAAAAAGGCACGGGUCUUUAGAUGACGACUUGUAUUAAAUAGUUUCUGUAAAUAAAUAGUAAAUACUGAAAAGAAUUGAAUAUUUACCUGACACAUUAUGUCACUCUACUUUUCCAUUUUCAGUGAUGAACACAUUAAUACGUAAAGUGCUAUCAAUUUGCAGAUACCUUUUAGUUUUGUAACACAACUGUUAUUUUUCAUUUCAUUUUAUAUGUCACAUAUUGUACCCUUUCUUAAUUUGUGCAUUUAUAUCAUUUCUGAUGAAUGUUGGGAUUAAAGUGCUUAUUAUACGAUCAAGCAAUUAUAUAUAAUAUAUAUGGUGCAACGCUUUCGUGUUUGUACAACACAUGCUUCUGGGAAUAUUUUCAGAGGGGACGCUCAAACUUAGAAUUGAAGGAAAAGUUAUGAU